CCGGGUACCGGAAGUUCCGCCUUGCGCUUCCGGGUCGCGGCGGCCGCCGGGAACCCGGAAGUCGGCGCGCCGGGCCAGGAUGCCGCUCGUGGUGUUCUGCGGGCUGCCGUACAGCGGCCGGAGCCGGCGCGCGGAGCAGCUCCGCGGGGCGCUGGCGGCGGCCGGCCACGCGGUGCACGUGGUGGACGACGCGGCCGUGCUGGGCGCCGAGGACGCCGCCGCCUACGGCGACCCGGCGCGCGAGAAGGCUUUGCGCGGGGCGCUGCGGGCCGCGGUGGAGCGGCGCCUGAGCCGCCACGACGUGGUCCUGCUCGACUCGCUCAACUACAUCAAAGGCUUCCGCUACGAGCUCUACUGCCUGGCGCGGGCGGCGCGCACCCCGCUCUGCCUGGUCUACUGCGUGCGGCCGGCCGACCCGGCGGGGGACGGGCGCGCCCAGCCCCCAGGACCCGAGGACCCCGAGAGCCCAGGAACCCCGGAUCCCGGGCGGUCUUUGCGGUCAGCGGCCGGUGCCUUUUACCCGCCAGAACUUCUGGAGGCCCUCAAGCAGCGCUUCGAGGUUCCCGACUCUCGGAACCGCUGGGAUCGGCCCCUCUUCACCCUGGUCGGCUCCGAGGAGCCUUUGCCGCUGGCGGACAUCCGGGCUGCCUUGUUUGAGAACCGGGCCCCCCCGCCCCACCAGGCGACGCAGUCCCAGCCCCUGGCCUCUGGCUGCUUCCUGCAUCAGUUGGAUCAGGUCACCAGCCAGGUGCUGACGGGGCUGCUGGAAGCGCAGAAGAGCGCCGUCCCCGGGGACGUCCUGAAGCUGCCGGGCGCCACCGAGCACCUGCGCUUUACCCGGCCCCUGACCCUGGCCGAACUGAGCAGGCUCCGUCGCCAGUUUAUUUCCUACACCAAAAUGCAUCCCAAUAAUGAGAACCUGCCGCAGCUGGCCAACAUGUUUUUGCAGUAUCUGAACCAGAGCCUGCACUGAUCCCGGAGGUGGAGGAAGACUCGGAACAAUCUGCAGGGCAGAUAAAUGUGUGAUCCUCGAACUCGUGGCCCUGACUCAACUUUGCUCAACACCUCUGUGCCAGACUUGUUCUGCAGAGCUCAGAUG